AGCGAGAACUUUUGUCUGUCGCCAAAGCUUUGGGACAGCUUCAUACAACAUCUCUAAAGCCGCAGCAACCGGGAAACUAUUCUACCUUCAACGGCACUACCAAAUACAUUUCACGUACACAGCUGCGCAGCAGACAUGGAGCAACAGCAAAGUUACGGCUACCAAUCUCUCUGUCACACCUGCGUAAGGACAGCAAAAAGACAAACGAAGAUCAGAAAGAUGUCCCUCUCAAGUCGAGCGCUGAUAUUCACGGUGGCGCUGACGAUGUACGUCGUGGAUGCGGGCUCUGGAGAGACGCUGUGUGGCGGAGAACUGGUAGACGCGCUGCAAUUCGUAUGUGAAGACAGAGGCUUCUAUUUUAGCAGACCCACCAGCAGGGCGAACAGCAGGCGGUCACAGAAGGGAAUUGUGGAAGAAUGCUGUUUCCAGAGCUGUGACCUGAAUCUCCUGGAGCAGUACUGCGCCAAGCCCGCCAAGUCGGAGAGAGACGUCUCCGCCAGCUCCCUGCAGGUCAUACCUGCGCUGUCUGCGCUACCGCCACUGAGCAAGGUGUGUACCGCUAGCUCUCUGCAGGUCAUACCUGCGCUACCUGUGCUACUGCCACUGAGCAAGGUGUGUAGUGCUAGCUCUCUGCAGGUCUGUUACCCACCACUGAGCAAGGUGUGUACUGCAAGCUCACUGUUACUGCCACUGAGCAAGGUGUGUAGUGCUAGCUCCAUGUUACUGCCACUGAGCAAGGACGGCCGGCGGCACGUGGCGGUGCGGUACCCCAAAUACGAGGCGUGGCAGCGGAAGGCGGCGCAGCGCCUGCGGCGGGGCGUCCCGGGCGUCCUGCGGGCGCGGAAGCUCCGCCGGCAGGCCGAGCGGGCCAGGGCCCGGGAGCAGGCCCGGAGCCACCGGCCCCUCAUCACCCUGCCCAGCCGGGACCCCCCCCCCGCGGCGGCGCCCACGGAAACCCGCGCCGUGCACAAGUGAACCCAGCCGUCGCGCGGACGGGAGUCGGACAAGAGGAAGAAGAAAGGAAAAAAAAAAAGACUAUAGGGGAUUAUAGCUUUGUUUCUGACGUCAUUUCUGUGGCAGUCUCCUCCGGCCCUUCGCCCGACCAGCGACACCCCCCCGGCCCCCCUCGCCCCCCCAAGCCAAAAGCCCCGCUGCCCCACCACCUCCCUCCAUUCUCUGACACACCCAUACAAGCACAGUCUCCUGUCUCUACUCUCUCUCUCUCUAAUUGUCUUACACACCCAUACAAGUAGUCGCCUGUCUCAAAUCUUUUUCUUUCUUUCUCUCUCUCUCUCUCUCUCUCUCUCUCUUUCACACACAAAAUGCACGCUCAAAAGUGAACAGUUCAACCAGCUGAAAGCAGUUCAGGUGGAUUCCUGCACAAAGUACAAAGAGGAGAAAGGAGGAGGAGGAGGAGGAGAAAAAGGGAAGAGGAGGAGCGAGAUCUACGGCUUGGCGAACGUCGGGAGGACACACACGAUGCGGACCGCUCGUCUCCGCGGGAGAGAAAGACUGAGGGGGAGAGAGCGCCAGCGCGAGAGGCUCCGCCCCCGUGGCAGAGGCCCCGCCCCCGUGGCAGAGGCUCCGCCCCCGUGGCAGUUUCCCACCACAGACACCAUCUCUUUACACUUCUUUUCUUAUUAGUUUGCACCUGUAACGCUAAAGAGGGAUAUCCACACUGUAAGGAAUUAUUUUGUUUGAAUUAGAUUCCUGUUCCAGCACCUUU